AUGAGUCCACUUUGUACGCAGUUUUUUCAAUUCACCGACAGUAUAACUAUCCCUGGAUAUAAAUUGUACGAUUCAGCAGCCCAAGGAAUUCCGUAUUGUGUGACGGCAACUGCCGACGGGGUCAACUUUUUUUAUCUCAGUUCUUUUUGCGAUAAAGAGGACUGUGGUCAAUAUCCUUUACUGAUAAUCAACGACGAACAGGAUGAUUGGCAAAACUGUUUUUCUUGGCAAACAAAGCUUUGGUCUUGUUACAAGCUUGUGGAAGAGUACAGUUUCACGAUUUUAUGGGAUAUCAAUGAUCCGAUUGGCCGAGAGUUCGCCGUGAAUAGCUCACUGAUGAUUGUCAGCUCUGAAGCACCAUAUGACAUUCACUUUGUUAACACUCCCGAGCCACCAUACGAGUUCGUGAUCGAUUCAUUUUCUGGCCACCAACGAUUGGUUACACUCACACUGGAGAGUGAUUUAUAUGUUUUGAAGAAGUUUUCACAGGAAAACCCACAAUCACAAUGCGAAUAUCAAAUGCUUUCAGGAAAUGUUUUCUCUCCUCUAAACCAGUUGCUGAUAAUCAAGUUCGAGACUGAACCCUUUAUUGAGCAGAUUCUCGAGAAUAACAUCUACACCUUCGUUCUCCCAAAUAACGACUGUGCUCCAUCAGUUCUGAUCGAGAAGAUCGCAAUUGGAGACGACGCUGGCAUCUGGGCAACGUGUCCAAGCAAUGCGGUGACCGGUUCUGAUGGAAGUUGUUUCUUCGUCGUUCCUUACAAUGAAACGUUUGACAAUGCGGAGAAAUUUUGUGAAAAUUAUUUCCAAGGUCAUACAGGCUCAAUCAGCAACGCGUUUGACAACGAUCUCAUUCAAAUGAUGGCCGAAGCGUUCACUAUGAAUGUGGGCUACGUUUGGCUGGGCGGGACAUAUGACUCAGGAAGAGUUUAUUGGAAUGACGGAUCUCCUGAUGUUUAUCAAAACUUUCGACCAGCUGUACCAGCAGGAAACAUUUUGAUGAAUCUUUCAACGGGAAAAUGGGACACCUCAACUUCGAGAGCCAUUUGGCCGUUUAUUUGCAUGCAGAAAGCAAUGCCAACGAUAGCUCCUACUACUCCAUGUACAAGAGUU